AUGGACGACGUGGCAAGAGUUCCGCAUCGACUAGAUGUCGAGCCCCCAAGCGACGAUAGAAGUAGACAACACCGAUACAGAGUGCUGGGUGCUUCCCUCCUCAUGGUUCUGUUCAUGACGGCCUACGCGACCAACCCAACAACCUUUAGGUCCAAUGACCACAGUGUCGCCUUCACCCCUAUGGAGACGGAUGAUCCUACAGUUGAGAUGAUAGACUUAGCACCUCCUAACGCUGAGUCCACCUCCCGGUCGGUCAAUCUAGGAAUGGGGUGUCCGGAAUUUCAGCACGCGUUCGACAGCGCGACACCAGGAAGUGCGACUCCAUUCCGGUCGUUUACACUAACAAAAGGCAGCGGAUAUGCCCAUGUGGGGCUUCGCUUUAGUAAACUCUGGAUGCCAAAUGGGGUCUAUGUUGUGCUUCGCGCAGUUGAAGGUUUUGACACCCCGGAUCGAACGUUAAACCUCUCCACAAACUACCCCAGUGGCCGAAACUACGGCAACGUGGUAGCACCUCCAGUUCUCACAAAAGAGUUUCGGAUCGAAUUCUACCGCGACGAAGUCGGCUCCAGUGACAUCGACGAGACGGAUUUCAUUGGAAAUGUCUUCAGUGUAGCCGACAGCGACUCGAAAUGCUUUGGCUUUGUGGUGGAUUCGUACGAUUACGUUCUCAUGAAUGCCAAGGACCCCAUUGUCGCUACCGGUGCGUCGAUCUGCGCUGCGGAUAAUACGAAGAACGCUAUCUGCUACUACGCUGAGAACACUACACGGACGGCGUAUUUGGCUUCACGCUCUGUCGCGCGCCUGAAGAUCCCGAAAGGAUCCGGAGAAUGGGCCAGUUGUACGGGCUGGCUACUUGGUAACCAAGGUCACAUUAUGACCAAUUAUCAUUGUGUCUCCACUGAUGAAAAAGCUAGCGGCACCAGGGUGGAGUUUAUGGCGGAGGACAAGUCUUGUAGCGAUAGUUUCUCGUGCGCAUUGGGCGAAUGUGAAGGUGGUGUGGUGGCUAUAUCGACUGAACUGGUACACGCCAGCAAGGAGCUUGACUACGCGUUGCUGAAGCUACCGACAAGCGGUGUUGAGGCGGCUCAGAGUUAUGGGUAUCUACGGUUAAAGACUCGUUCCGGAGUGGUUGGAGAACAGCUGUACAUCCCUCAGCAUCCGAUGGGCAAGAAUAAACGCAUUGCUGUUGAAGAUGACUACGCUAGCAACGUUGCUUUACUGAGUUUGAGUGCUAGUACUUGUGGGACGGAGGGGUAUUCGUACAGUGGUGAUACGCAGACUGGAUCAUCCGGGUCCCCGGUAAUAUCGUUCUCGGAUCAUGGCGUCGUGGCACUUCAUCAUUGUGGCGAAAUGUGCGCAAAUACUGGGAUUCCCGCGAAAGAUAUUGUCGAUGAUUUGGCUACACAAGGUAUAAAUCUGGCAGAAUUUGACGGUAUCGACGAUGGAUCGAAUAGUUUCGAAAACAUUGAACGAAUCCCAGAGUACAUCCCACCAGUCCACGAAGCAGCGCUGUCUUUAACUCCACGUCUGACGCUUGAUGGGGCCAUUAUCCUGGCUUCGGGCUUCGUUACGAUUGAUAAAGUGGAGUUUACUCUGACAAAAGAUACCAUCGUUUCUUUCGCUGUAGUUUCAGCAGAGAUCGCCGAUGACGACACGUUCGUGGACCUGAAUGGAGACUGCCGGGCGUCGUACCUGGAUUCGGUCAUGUAUCUCUUUCCCAAGGACAGUUCAACAAAUACUUUUUUUGUCGACGACAGCAACGUAAAUGAUUUCAUGGCUGGUGGCUCGGUCAGUUUCCGUGAUCCUCAUAAGACUACAUCACUUAAGAAAGGCUCGUACGUACUUGCUGUUGCUCCUACGGGGUCAAGCUCAGACGAUGCUCUGGCGGGUAAGGCGAAACUCAACGAUGCCCCGGAAAUUUACGCGUGCCGAACGCGUAGUUCGUAUGGCUCUUACAAGCUGAAAAUCUCCAGUACCGAAGGCGAAAACCCUUUUCAGUUUACUAGGCUGCCAGCUACCUUUGGAAUCGAUCCAACGCAGUGCCAAAAGACAGCAGAGGCGAUCUGUUCUGGCUGA